AUGGCCAUGAUUAGUGACUGCCUUCUUAUUCGUAUGCCACUUCGGAAACGUGAUGGUGCGCGUGUCAUCGAUCCCGACAGGACAACAGCAAAAAUCUUCUCAAAUCCAGGAGAUACUGUUUACGUGCAAAGAAAAGAAGGGCUCGAGCAGCAAUAUCGUAAAAAAUGUAAAGGAUGCGGUGUUCCUUUGUUUUACCAACAUCCAUCCAAUUUGAAGCUCCUCUUUGUAUUCCGCGAAGCUUUGCUGUCAGCUCAGGAAGUGGGAGGUUUCAGCGGGGCGAAUGAAGAGCAGAGGGCUAAGAAGAUUAUCAUGAAGAGGAACGUGAAAAACCAAGGAAAAAUGGGUUCAGUUACUGUAUCGACCAUGGAAGGCGAAGAGGAGGACGAAAUUGAAGCGCGCGAAACAGCUGAGUCAUAUUCCAUGAACGCUAGAAUAGUUCGUGAUGCCUUGAAGAGGAAAGGAAUGAUCAAAGACAAGUUGCUGGGGCGAGAAGUCUCUGAAGGACCCGCGUCCAAGAAAAGGGGGACCUUGCUGUGA